AUGUGUACCACUUACACCUACUCGGAGUUAAAACAACUCGUCGCCAAAUCAAACAACCCCACCAACGGACGCCUAUUUUCGGCAGCAAUGUACAUCAAAGACAUAUUCAACGCUAAUAACAUCGUGUUUGGUUUCAUGGGUGGCUUUUCGCUCAGUCUUAGGGGAAGUGAUCGUAGGGCCAAUGAUAUUGAUGUGGCAGUCGGUGCAACUAUGUUAGAACUUAAGCAAGUCUUAGACCUACAGAAGUUUAUUAUAAUACCGUUAGGUCUUACAUCGGGUGUAUUGAGGAGUUUUGUUCGUGUAGUAGAAUUUGGGCGACUAGAAAAGCUCGUUGAAGUCGACUUUUUACUAGCAGGUACAGAAUUAUCAUUCAAACCUACAAAUUUCGUUUUAACAUUUGAAGGAAACUUCGGCCUCAACAUCGAUCUCACCGAUUCUGUCGAGAUAAUUAAUACCGUCUUACCAUCAGAAAGCGUACACCAGUUUCCAGUCCUGAAACUGCUUUCCGCAAUGAGAAGCAAGCUACUGGCUCAUUUCACCAGAAAUGAAUCUAGAGAUUACAAAGACCUGCAAUGGCUUUGUGCCCAAUACGGUAUGGAGAUAUAUGAGUUUAGAGCUGAGUUGGAGAUGGUGCAUCGUCAGAAGUUCAUCGACCACUGUGAGCAGCAACCUGCGUCCAGUGAUGGUAGUGGUCCGAAUUAUGUUAGGAAGGUGAAACAUAUACUUGGUGUUCCAUGA